AGGUGCCACGGCAUUCCCGUGGCCAGAGGUGUGUGUUGGCAGUACUUCUUGCCGUGGGAGACAUUUGGUAAUGGAAGGCUGCGGUGUGGAGGUGCGUGGAGGCGGGGCGGCGGGGUGGGGCAGGGCAGUCUGACGUCUUCUCAGGGCGCGCCAACACCACGCGCACCGCAGCUUCGAGCCACAGCAAGUGUUGAGAGCUCCGAGCGCGUCGCGAGUCUCCGCCGCUGCGACCACCACGCUCCGCCUCCGUGUGGUGCAGGCGUCCGGGAGUGCGUGCCACCUCACGCCUUCAACUUGUCUCGCGUUGUUACGUGAGUCUCUGAGUUGAGGUGAGGCCACCGGUGUCAUCUCUGAGUGAGUGUUUAGUUACACACUUCCCUGCUUGCUGUGUCUGGUUUAUGCAGGAUGAGCACGGCAGAAACCUGUUGUGUGUUGUGACGUGUGGGUCGUGGACUGCUGCCUGCCAUCCAGCCCCUGACUGUGUCGCGUGCGUGCAGCAUUGCAGUGUAGUGGUGAAAGUGGAAUUUUGUUCUGCGUCAUUACGCGCCCAGUGGUCUUUGGGAACAGAGUGGCUGUGCUUAUCUGGCAGUGCAAUUGUGCAGGUGUUGCGCGUCGGUAAUUACCUUAGCGUUACGAUCCUUGCUCUUGGUCGCUGUUCACCACCGCUGGGUUUUAAUGAGCGCGGCUGUGCAACUGGCCAAGUGUUAAGGAAGGCUUGACGACAGCCGCACAUAAGCAGUGUGAGGGUUACGGUCAGUUGAGGUGCGAGGCUGGACUGGCGAAGGUGGCCACCUGAGCUGGCCGGCACGGAGCUCCCGCAACCCUUAGCCACGACUCCAGGAGAGGCAGCCCUGGGUAGGCUGCCUUCCCCUACCCUGCGCAAGAGACCCCCGCCUCCUUCUCUGCCGCUGCUGAGUCUUCCGGACACAGGGCCCCCGUCAGGCACCGUGUGUGAGGGGCAGGCGUGUGGGCGGCCGCGUGGAUGUGGGUGCGGCGGUGACGUCGGGAUGAAGGUGAGCGGCGGCGAGGGUGCGGGACCCGCGGGACCCGUGUGGCAGACUCUCAAGGGCCUCAGCUCCCGGGAAUCUUCCUGCGGUAGUCCUACCAGCCCUGGCCCCCAGCAGCAGCAGCAACUGCAGCAGCAGCAGCGGGGCCUGCAGAGCUCCAACGCCGUAGCCGAACGCUUGGCCCGCCGGGACUCCUGCCCCCUCGACGCCUCCUCCUCCUCCUCCCGCCCGAAGGAGGUCACCCUGCCCCACCUUAUCCUGCCCGAAGGGGACCGCUCGCCAGUGCUCUACAACGGGUCUGUGGCGACGCCCGUGUCCGCGCCGCCCAUCACUGCUUCGGGGGAUGUGGGUGGCAGGACGCCCUGGGGGCCGCCCUCCUCCUCCACCACGUCUACCUCACUGUCUAACACUAACCUCACCCUCCACAAAAACGCCGCCGUCACCCCCAACAACAUGCUCCUCACCAACAACAACAUCGGCAACGCCACCACCACCUCGCCCAAGGACGACGAGACACCCACCGCUGACACCCCCGAGGCGGAGACACCCAGCGUGUUCAGCUUCCUGUCAGGGCUGCCCUACCAGUUCAUGAUUGAUCUGUACAGACACACGCGGAUCAGUAGCAAGAAAAUGCGCAAGCGUGUGGUGCAGAAGAACGGAGAGUGCAAUGUGUCCCCUUCCAACGUGGCCAAGAGAAGGAGACGGUACCUGCAGGAUAUUUUCACUACACUGGUCGACAUACAGUGGCGGUGGACCCUGCUAGUGUUCGCCAUGUCAUUCAUCAGCUCGUGGCUUCUAUUCGCUCUGGUGUGGUGGGUCAUCGCCUACUUGCACGGGGACCUCCUGCCGCACCACCUCCCCGACCAGCAAGCCGCCUCCAACUGGACGCCGUGUGUAAUGAGUAUCUUCAGCUUCACCUCCUGCUUCCUGUUCAGCGUGGAGACCCAGCACACUAUUGGUUACGGGUCCCGCCACACCACAGAGAAGUGCCCGGAAGCCAUCUUUGUCAUGUGUAUUCAGAGCAUCACAGGGGUCAUGAUACAGGCCUUCAUGGUGGGCAUUGUGUUCGCCAAACUGUCGCGGCCCAAGAAGCGCACCCAGACCCUUAUGUUCUCGCGCAACGCCUGCCUGUGUCUGAGGGAUGGCGAGAUGUGCAUGCUCUUCCGCGUGGGCGACAUGAGGAAGUCACACAUCAUCGAGGCUCACGUGCGCGCCCAGCUCAUCCGUAAGAGAGUCACGCUGGAGGGAGAGGUGCUGCCUUUCUUCCAGUACGAGUUGGACGUGGGUUAUGACAUCGGCGAGGACAGAAUCUUCUUCAUUUGGCCCAUGACGAUCAUCCACAAGAUCAAUGAGAACUCGCCUCUCUUUGACCUCUCGGCUCAUGAUCUGCUGAGGGAGAAGUUUGAGAUCGUGGUUAUCCUGGAAGGCGUCAUCGAGUCCACAGGCAUGACCACGCAGGCUCGUUCUUCAUAUCUACCCAAUGAGAUUCUCUGGGGUUACCGGUUCGAGCCCCUGGUGACGUUCAAUAAGGAGUUCGGGGAAUAUGCCGUGGAUUACUCUCUCUUCAACAACGUAUACCAGGUGAACACGCCGCUCUACUCUGCGAGGGAACUGGCGCGCCUCAACAGCCAGGAGUCAACGCCAGAAAGAGAAGGCGAGAACUCCAGGUCAUCGUCCCGCCAGCAGCAGAUAGGACAGAAGGAGGAGGAAGAGGAGGAGGGCGAAGAUGAGGAUGAUCAAGAGACCUCCUCCAUCAUCCCAGUCACACCUCUCACGCCCGCCACUCCCAUGUCUCCGCUGACGCCCAUGACGCCCACCUCCGCCUCGGGCACCGGAUCCUGCGCCCUAGACAUGCACUGCGCCAGCGCCGCCUGCGAGGACGCCAAUGCCACCCAGCCCCUUCUGCAGGACCACAAUCAUGUCUAGCAGAUCGCCCCGGGCACCCGCGGGUGUCCGUGUCCGUGCCUUACUGGGGUGGAGAUGACACUGCGGGUGCGAGGUUGCCGUAGCGGACAGCCGUGCCCCAGUGAGCCCGCCCAGCUGCCCUUGCCUGCCCUCCGCCCCU